GUGUAGGGUGCGGGAUCAUGGCUGCUUGUGCUGCCAUCUGAGCCUACUGCGUGUACUAGAAUGCCCUGUGACGGUACGGAGACAGAGCUCCGCAAAACUGAACGUUUUCAGAGAUUGAAAGCUGCAGUUGAUUUGACCGUGUUCGACAUCUUCAGUGAAGUGAGCGGUUCAGAUCAGGUGGAUAAGGAAACCAUUGCCCUUGCUUCGGAGUUGGUUCUGGAGAAAAUUAAAAGGACUGCUCUGGAUCUUGAAACGUUCUCUGGGCACGCUAAACGGUCAACUAUCAAUAGUGAGGAUGUGAGAGUAGUCGCAAGAAACAAUCCGAAACUGAAGGAGCACUUGGAAGCCUUUGGAGCUGAAAGGGCAGUAGCCCAACCUUCCAAGAAACCCAAUGACAAGGCAAAAAGAAGCAAAAAUGAAGAAAAAGUCUAAAAGUGAUCCAUCUUUAUAA